AGUUGUUGUGGGUAGUUUAACAAGGUUUUAUCGAAAGUUUAUUUAAAACAUUUCACAUUAUACGUUUUAUUUCCAGCGUCCUCCGUCACCCAACUAGUAUAAUUGUAGUUUUCAAACGGCUAAAAUCUAUUUUUUUCUUUGGAAAUGACUUUUGGAAAGUGUUGGUAAUCCACAUUUUAGUUGUUGCCAGUCGUAUGGCAACUGUGUCUGCUCGUGGUAGAUCAGUUCGUGACUCUGCUGUCUCCUCUGCGCCCAGAUCUACUCUAGGCUCAUUUCCAGGAUUUUCCUCCCAGAGAGAUGAAACGGAAGCAAUAACUGUUACUGGACAAGACACACCACCACCACCGGGUAUCAGUGUUACCCCAGGUUCCUGCCCCAGUUGUAAGGUUGGUGACCUUCACAAUGUGUAUCCCACCUGUGGUAUAUGUGCAGCCAUCUGUCUCUUUCCCCUGGGACUGGCAGUACCUUACCUGCUACGUGGGCAACGAUGUGACGUCUGUGGCUACGUGGCUGGAAGGUAGAAGACACAAGUCAUCUAGGAAGACCUUAUUUCUAAUUAGUUUUUAACAGUUUGAGGUACUGGAAAGUAUUCUGAAAAUACCUUAAUUUUUUUUUCUAUGGGCUGGCUACAUGGGUGAAGGUAUCUUUAUUUAAUGAUUUUAAGUUUUUUUACUGUGUACAUUUAAGUUUUAUAACUAAGUUUUUAAAUGUUUUUUUUCUUCCUUACACUGAUAGUCUGACUUAAAUUUAGACUUGUAAACUGUUUUAAAAACCGGUCGAGCUGCCAUCCCUUGGACCAAAGCUGAAUACCAUUUGCACUCGUCACUGAGUUUGGUGCCCUGGCAAAGGGCUACAGAUUUCAGGAACCUCGCCUCUUUAUUGGGAGGGGGGGGGGGUCUCCUUAUCCAGGUAAAAGGCUUUUGGUCUGAAGAAUUGGACCAUUCUCCAACUAGACCUAAUUGCUCUGCUCUCCCCCAUUCACUACCCCCGUCCCUCCCCUCUCAUUCUUCUCCUUUCCUACUUUUGGAUUAUAGGGUCAUCGCCUAUGAAGGUGAAGUGUUUGCUGUGGAAUCUGGAUCAUCCAGGGAAGUCAGUCACCCGCCAGAGUUCCGGGAGAUGGUAAGUGUUCUUAGGGUGACUGAUGCGCCUCUGGAGGCAGCCUAUCUAGAUCCCUUUCAUUCCUCCUGGGAGCUAUUUCUCCUCAUUCCCCAUCCCCUUUUUUUAAAUAAAGGGGAAAUUUUCCACGAAGGCCCAUAACCUGCCUCCUCGCGGGCUCUUUCCUGCAGCACCCUUUACAUACCCUGACACUUUCAGACCUUUCUUUGGACCUCUCUUCUAAACAGACCUUCUCCAGGUAAUAAGGUUCUGCUACCCUCUGGUACAGCAGUUUCGACUGAACCUUUAGAAACUUGACAUCCGUGCUGCUUUGACUGUGAUCCUGGCUUCUCCACAUAGUGCAUCUAUUUUCGGAUCGUACGCAACUUUGUAUGGUCCGCAUCUAACGUUCCAUCCAAACAACAUCGACCUGUCACCGAUGAUUUACCUCAGUUUCUUCUUAUGCUUCUAAGAAACUUCCAACUAAGCAAUUCCUUCCCUUAUGAUCCAUUUCUAAGUCCAUGGAGAAAAUUCUCUAUGCUCCAACUAGUUUACACUACUGACAAUCUUUCCGACCACAGCAUCAGCAAUGCAUCCUUCGCCAUGUUGGGCACAACAUUCCCUUCCCCUUUCUUAAGAGGUAUGGAAGGGCGAACACGUUGUCACGGUUCACAAUGCAGAACUGUUUUUAAUUUGAUGUUGGAAAUAUAAACACUCAA